CAUGGGAGUUUCCUAAAUUCGGAGAUUUUCAUAAACCCAAUACCGGUUUUGUACAUCAUACACUAUCUAUAGUAAUUAUUAAGUUGCUGUUACGAACACUUUUUCAAGAGAAAUAUUAUCCAGAUAUAGAGUCACCACACGGUGUAUCUAAGCGAUGUACCAGAACCUCACCGUAUCCUGUGCGUUGACAUCGGUAAAUUCUUAAAAGGCACACCUUCAAUCAGGUACCAGCUACCCGAUCUACUGCCUAAUGAACGUUACACUAUUGGGCGAUGUUCCAGACCAAUAUUCACACAAAGCAGACGAACGAGCCGCUCAGCUACGAGGUCGAUCUAUGGCCACGGCAAUGACCUACGACACACACUUUCUGCCUGAGAUUGACGGGUUUGUGCCGCUGUCGUUUGUGUCAACGCGGGAAAACCGGUUUAACUUCGAGAAUCAGCGUGAUGGGUUUGAGAUCGGAGACCAGAUGGACGCGGAUGACACGUAUGGAAACGCCCAGCUCCGUCUCAAUGAGCCUUACGACCAACAGAUGACCCUGACAUUUCUCCAUCUUCUACAGGUGCCAGCUGUGAGCGACGAGAAGAUUGUGAUACCGUUUAACCUCCGCGAGAGACACCUCCAGUAUGGAGGCAUCUAUGUGUCGAGUGAGAGAGCGCCCACGAAACCUGCCAAACGGAAGGUGGACAUUUCCUAUGACUACGGCGAGGAUUCCGACACGGAGGAUUCAUUGGUAAACAUUCAGCGAACAAAUCUCCGAAAGAAGGUGCGUGUGAUGAAUGAAAAGGUUGGGGAAGAACUCUUUCAGGAGCUCCGGUUUGUCCCCCAGCCAGUCCUUGAAAAGUCCCAUGGAAGCAAGCGCCCUUUUGAAGUUAAGCCCCAGGAAGUUAAGCCCCAGGAAGUUAAGCUCCUCCCCAAGGAACCCGUUCUCCAUCUACAGGGUUUAAAAACAGACACUAAUGCAGCAGCCAAUGCUCCCUUGGCGCCGGUGAGGAUGACACACAUCAUCAGGCAAACCCCGUUUGUGGAGCCCGCUUACACCAACUGCGAAUGCAUUCUGGAGAUCUCUCCCUUUGAGGCGAACCAGCUUUUACACAUGUUGGAUCUUCACGCGGCACACCUCAUCGACCCCCCAAACCCUUUUCUACAGGCCUUCAUCGACAAAGCACAGCAGUUUGUCCUGGGCGAGGUUCUCUUGGACUUUAAAUUAUAUUUGUACGCCCGAGUUCACGGGUGCCGGUAUGGCGAAAAAUCCCUACCCCUGGAGACUAGGAAAGAGUUUUGCCUUGUAGCCCACAGGGUGUUGCAGAAGACGGUUGAUCCUUUCCCCGGCGGCCUUGCAAAUCCUCUGCUAGGCAAUGCCACCUCUAUUGCCCAUUCUAUCACCAACCAGGCCAGUAAGUUUGUCGCUGCCCUGAACCUGAGCCUUCCGGAAGCCAAAGUACAGACGGCCGUCGACAGAGCCUCGUAUUUUGCAGGGGGGUUCAGGAACGAGCGAUACAAGCACAAGCUGCUGACGUUUGAUGUGAAUCACGUUAUCUUGAAAAGAUUGCUCGAGGAUGACUGACGGUAAAACCUCCAUUGACUAAAUAUCUGCAUAAAUAUUGAUAGAGAUUGCUAUUUACUGUAUACCAAUGACAUCAUAA